CAUCCGAAGCGCUGGCAGGUCCCUCCCUCACUCGACACUCCGCUGUCUACGAGGCCUUUUCAUCUACAGACUACUCUUAUUCCUCAAGGACAUCUGCUGUCUGCUCUUUGCAUUGUCCAGAACCGCAGCUUGCGCCUGACAUAAAUCCACACGUACUAACCUGGAUACGGCAUAAACGCGAAACCGCUGAAUCGACACCUGAACUAGCUCUUGUCAGGCACAACCUGUCCAUCAGUUUCUCUUUCGCAUAUCCAGCGGUGUUUGAGCCUGAAUCGGUCCAAUUGUGCUGUUAUCUUGCUGUCCGGAAUCUCUAAUCAGGAUACCCUUGCGUUUACUGGGCAACAACCUACGCCAGAAUGAGUGACUCGCCGCAGAACGACGCCGAAACGAUCAGAAGGAAGCGUUUGGCAAAGCUGCAAGGACCCCAGCCUGAACGGUCUCCAUCGCAGCCUUCAUCGGCCACCGCGACGCCUCCUCCGGAUAAUUCGCCCGCUCCGACGGCCUCGGCCUCCGCUGCCGCUGCCGCUUCUGCUGCCGUCGCCCGAUCUGCCUUGGCUGCUCCACCCCAGGCCGAAAACCCGUUCGGCGCGCUCUCCACCGCGUCAUCGAUCCCAAAGAUCAAGAUCGCGCGUGCAAAUGAAGCACCUGCGCCGGCGGUCGUGCCAAAGCCCGUGAAGCCUCCUGUCGACUUCAAGACCUGGGCCGAUGACAAGCUGACUGAUGCAUUCAAGUUCAGUCUGAAAGCUGUGAAGGAAGGAUCCACUAUCUGCUACCUAGAAGAAGUCGCGAUUGAGCUUAAGGAGUCAGGGUCAGAACCUCUGCUUUCAGAGGCUACCCUGGAUCGGUCGCUGCUUUCGCGCCUAUCUGAGAUCCCAAUCGCGCAGCCUUUCCUCUACUUGCUAUCGAGCUGGCGUUCUCUCGAAUCAGUCCGCCGCACAAUCCGCUCGAGUGAUCCCGACCGUGCACAGAAGAACUCACUGCUCAAUGAGGCGCGCCGGCUAUGUACUGGCUACGCGGUUCUAACCGUAUGCAUGCCGGAGAUGUUCAACAGCUCUGACGAAACCGAUCUGGCAGCGUUUAUGGUGGAGAAGCCUGAUUCGUCACGGGCAGUGCCGAUCGAGUUCAUUGAUGCCAUGAUUCUGCGCGCCACAGAAGAUGAACAGCUAGCGGAGUUUAUUACUCCGGUGAUCACGAAUCUCAGUAUACGCAUGCGAACGAUAACGAUGAGCGACUCCUAUCAGCCCUACUUUAGAGCAUUGCAGGCACUGGUCAUGCAUAAAUCGGUUGCCGCUUUAAUAACUGAGAUGCCUCAGUUCUUACCCACUGACGUCACAGCUGUCACGAUCGAGCUCUACACUAUUCUCGGUCCGUUCCUUAGAAUAUCACCUGUCGAGGCCAAAGUUGCCACAUUUUACUUUUCAGACUCGAAGACCAAGCCUGCGUCGGAAAUUAACUCUGCUGUCACCGCACUGCGAACCGAACUAGGCGCAGUUCAAGAUCAGCUCUCGUUCAUCGUUGACAAGAUUGUGCGCGCAGGAGCGGAACCCCGUGAGAAAAUGCUGCAGUAUUUUGCACGCGCGGUGAAUCUCAACCAUAAGCGACGAGCUAUACAGAUUGUGGCUGGGACUACCUCGACCGAUGCUUUCAUGCUCAAUCUUACCGCCGUUUUGAACAAACUCUGCGAGCCGUUCAUUGAUGCGACAUUCUCAAAGAUCGACAGAAUCGAUCCACUAUACUUCAAAAAGUCUGACCGGAUAGAUAUUGCGGAGGAGGUGAAGUUGAAUGCGGAUCAGAAUGGAUACAAGGCAUAUAUGGAGGACCGGAUCGAAGGUACACCGAACUUUAUUUCUGAGGUGUUCUAUCUCAAUGUUGCGUGCCAUUUCUAUGGACUAGGAGGAGCGAUGCACAGUAUUGGACAGCUAGGAAACGACAUCAAGGAUCUUGAGAAACAUCUAAACCAGUUGGAGUCAGAGCAGCCUAAAUGGAUCAAUUCACCUCAGGCGCCUCUGCUCAACAGUACGCUGACGCGCGUGCGCACACAGCUGAACAGCGCACUUGCAUUCCAGCACGCGUUGAACGCGGUGCUACAGGAUCGACAGGCGAUGUCGCGCUCGUUCUCGUUCCUUAUGGUGCUCGCGACUUGGCUUGUGCGCAUGGUUGAUCCCGCGCAUGGCCAUCCCCAGAAGCACAUCAAGCUGCCUCUGGCAGACCCUAGUCCUGAUGCAUUCAAGAUACUUCCAGAGUAUUUUGUCGAGGAUAUCACUGGGUUUGUCAUUUAUUUUUCGCGGCAUUUUCCCCAGGUCUUGUUUGAUCAGACUCAUGUUGACUUAGUGACGUUUGCGGUAACAUUUGUGCGCUCGUCGUCGUACAUCAAGAACCCGUAUCUGAAAGCCAAGAUUAUCGAGGUUUUGUACUAUGGAGUGCAGAGCCAGACUGGAUACAAGAACGGUUUCCUCGGCGAUACCUUGAAUACUCUGCCGUUUGCCAACGAACACGUGUUCCAUAUGCUGAUGCAGUUCUACAUUGAGAUUGAGCAAACGGGCUCCAGUUCGCAGUUUUACGACAAAUUCAAUAUCAGAUACUACAUCUCUCAGAUUGUCAAGUGCAUAUGGGAGAACCCGGUUUAUCGCGACAAGCUUGAGCAGGAAAGCAAGGUCGAUGUCGAUUUUUUUGUGCGCUUUGUCGCCCUGCUUCUAAACGACGUGACAUAUCUUCUGGAUGAAUCGCUGUCGAAGCUGGUCGAGAUUCACAAGUUGCAAGGGGAGCUUGGGCCAGGCGCGUCGACGGCACUGUCUCAGCAGGAGCAGACCGAGCGACAGCGCACACUGGCUUCGGCCGAGCGGCAGGCGUCGUCGUACAUGUCGCUCGCGAACGAAACGGUCUCGAUCUUGAAACUAUUCACAAAGGCGGUUCCGCAGGCGUUUGUGACACUAGAGAUUGUAGAGCGGUUGGCGGCGAUGUUGGAUUACAAUCUCGACGCGUUGGUGGGGCCAAAGUGCACGGGCUUGAAGGUCAAGGAUCCGCAAAAGUAUCAUUUCAACCCCAAGGCGCUGCUGUCUGAUAUCGCAGAGGUGUACUUGAACCUCUCAGCCGAAGCGAGCUUUGUGCUCGCUGUCGCGCGCGACGGACGAUCGUACCGCCGCGAGAUUUUCACGCGCGCGGCUAGCAUUCUGGGCAAGUACGCGGUGAUGUCGUCCAAGGAUAUCGAGAAGCUGCGGCGGUUUGCGGACGGGGUCGAGCAGACCAAGCUGGCGAACGAGCAAGGCGAAGAAGAGCUGGGCGAGAUCCCAGACGAGUUCCUCGAUCCGCUGAUGUACACUCUGAUGGAAGAUCCCGUGAUUCUGCCGUCGUCGCGCAUAUCGAUUGACCGGGCGACGAUCAAGUCGCAUCUGCUUUCGGACGCGACGGAUCCGUUCAAUCGGAUGCCGCUCAAGUUGGAGGACGUGAUUCCGAACGUGGAGCUGAAGGCGCAGAUCGAGGAGUUUCGGCGGUCGAAGCGGUCGCAGGCGCAGAGUGCGGCGGCGAGUGCUGCUGAGGAGGUCGCGAAGGACGCGGACGGGGAUGUGAGUAUGGCGUGAGGAUCACAGAAUGAGUUUAUGGUUUGCAAAAGGUCCAGAAGUAAGCAAUGGAUAGUAUUUCAGAUAGUAUUACCGAUCAGUAGUUCUUACUUAAAGAAGAAGAACGGUAGAGAACCCCAACCCGAUGCAUCCACGAGACCCUUCAGAUCGUAAGCGGAUCUCCUGAGCCCCGCGCGCAGAGGUGCAAAUCCGAGCGAGGAAAAAAAGUUGGUUCGCCGUGAUC